GCCGUUCCGAGCGGACACCGAGCAGAGUCCUGCAGAUUCCUUUUUUUUUUCCUUCAACGAAACCCAAUCGACACACAAACCAACCAACAUGCUGAAGUGGACAGCCUCGGCCCAGAGACUGAACGAGAUGCCAGCGGAGAGCGGGGAUGCGGCGGCAUGCCCCAGCCAGAGGCGGCAACAGCGGCGGCAGAGACGCCAACGUCGCGCCACCAUCGCCAACAAGGAGAACGUGCCGGACUAUAUCGCCUCCACGCCCAUGCCAGUGUCGCGGCUGCGCAACAGUCCUUUGGUGCUGGCGCCCUUGAGCGAUAUCCGCAACAUUACGCCCGAGUCCUUGGCCAGGAGCCGGUCGCCGGCCGUCCAGCGGGUGCAGAGUGUGCGGUAUGCCACCACCUUGCCCAUGUUCGCCGAGGACUACUCCCCCAACGGAGUCCUCCUGCCCACCGGCCAGCAUCUGGCCUUGCGGGGUCUGGCGCCCUUGGAUCCUUUCCUGGGCCAGCCCCGGUACAUCAAUGCAGCAGGAUCGGGAGCAGCAGCGGGAGUCAACACCACUCUGAAGAAGCGCAAGUUGGAUGCCGACUUUGUGGCCACCAUGGAUGAGCCGCCGCCAGCUCCGGCGACAAAGACCAUCACACCGCCACGUCCUGUCACACCCCAGCCUGCCACCACGUCCUCGCAAAUGGGCGACCAGACGCUGGAUCGUCUCAUCGACGCCAUCCUAGACUCGGCCUGCAAGUCCAAGGACGCCAGCGCCAAGAAGAAGCCCCGCCGCAGCACCUUCAACCUGCGGCGCAGGACUUUGGUGAAGCAGCAGCUGGACGCCGAGUGCGCCCGCGUCGAGGUCCUGUCGCCCUCGUAUGCUCCUGGCGACGAUCCGGCCAGCGAUCUGAGCUUCGGUCUGGUGCCCAUCCCAACCGGCUUCGCCACUCCCGAGCCCGGCACUCCAGUGUCCAAGAUCACCCACAACAUCCUGGUGCAACUGCCCACGCCCUUGGUGGGAAAUCCUUUGCCGGCAUGUCCUUCGGACAACACCUUCUGCCUGGAGACACCCGUCCGGAAGCUGAAGAGGGGCCGUGCCGAGGAGCGCUUCACCGCCAAGGAGAACCUGGCCAAGGAGUCGCCUCUGAAACGCUACAAGGUCGACGAGCGCAACUACUUCGAAGUGGGCCUGGCCUUGCCCUCCUCGAUUUACGUUUAAAAAUGACUGGAAUCCUGGAAAAAGGACAUCCUGACGAGAAAAGAAAGAUGAGCCGCUGACAAACGGGGGGAAAACGCUUAACUAUGACGCUUAACUAGUUCCUAAGUCCCAACAACUAGAUGUACAUAGCAAACCUAGCUCUAAGUCUAGCCAAUUAACUCAAUUAUUUAUGUAUUUUUUUUUGGACGCUGCUGUUAUGUAGUUUUUGU